AUGCAUGAGUUAUGCGGUAACACCAACGCUUCAGCCGAAGGAAUUGUCGGAACCCAGACGAUUCAAACCAACCGCAACCAACCGACUAGUCAAAUUGAUGAACCUCAAGAUAAAUCGCCAUCGCCUAGUGAAAAGAACGUAUCUAACCAUGGUUCCGAUGAUGAAUCUGAUGGUUAUAAGCUUCCUCCACCAUUGAAGCGUCAAAGUGGACCUCGAGCUCGAGAAGCUGCUCUCUUGCCUCAUGAAAUGGCAUUGGACCCGGAUGCUAACGACGACUCUGACGAUGACGGUAUCACUCAAACUGCUGCGACUCCGACUCCCAAACCUCGGUCUUUCAGCAAAAAGCCAGCGCCUCGUGUCCGACCAAACACCAAGGCCAAACUCGCCGCUUCUUUGGACAAUUCAGCUGAAUUGCUCAAGGACCAAGCUACUCAAGCCAUUGAUCGUGAGAUAUUGAAAGCGAAGACUGUUGCUGCUCAUGACGCUGCGAAGGAGGCAAUGUUGAUUACUGCGGCUCGAUUGGAUCAAGAAUCGUUGGCCUUCAGACACACGACCAUCCCCUCUCAAGAGAAAGCUAUGUCAAUCUUCAAUAAAGACUGGAAGACACACUUCGGUAAGGAUCCGAAAGCUGCAUCUGAAGCCAUCCUACUUUUCGAGCAUGAGGACAAAUGUCGAACCUUUAUCAACUCUGAUCCUGAGCUGAGAUGGAGUUGGCUCGCUUUGAGCCUCGGGUAUACGGUUGUUGAUGAGAAGGAAAAAGAAAAUGAAUGA